AUAGCCACCUCCACCAUACCUACGUCACCAACAACGUGCUAAGCCGCGUGAGACAUAUAAACAUGCCGCCUCCCUUAUCCUCAGACUCUGCACGCAAACUGAUCGAGGAAUACUACGCGAGUAAAAUCGACAUCGUCUCUCAAUUGAAAGCCGACGACGCCAAACCUACAGAACCAACAGAACAACUCGAAGAGUUAAAGCUCGACGAAAAGAAGCCCCAACGCCCCCCUCCAGUUUACGCCCGCAAGACCGAACAGCAAGACAAAUAGCAAACAUGCCUGUCCACCCCGCCGAAGAGAACGCCACUGGCAGCAUCACCGACCAAGUCGCCAAGGAGUCCUCCGACUCAAACGCAUCCACCCACCAGCACCACGACGUGGACACUGGCGCUUCCUCUGGUGGCUCCACCGCGUCCGCGAUGGCACAUAAGGGUGCUCCUGGUCCGGUCCAAGCCGAGAACAUUGGCGAGCCCGCGAGCAAGGAGGAGCUCAAGAAGCGCGCCGAGGAGCUGAACAAGUGAAUCUACAUAUACUUGCAUGACGACAUGAUGUAUGAGAGCAUACUGCUGUCGCACAGGCGGCUCAGCACAUGAGGCUAGGAAACGAAACAAGGCAUUGAAGCCAACGGCAUAUUACUCUAGAAAUACAAUGUAUUGAUGAAUCACCGGC